CUAGAGCAUGGAUUGAAAACAAUUCAUCGAUAGAUGGCUACGAAAGAAUUUAUUGAAGCAUCUAUGAGAAAAGCGUUGAAAGAUGUUACUAAUCUUACUGAAAAAAAUACUCCACCAUUAAAAGAUCCAGAAAUGAAUGCUGAGAAAAAGAUUGUAAUAACUGAUGAUUUUACCGUUGGCCUUACUGAGUAUAAAAAACUUGCAAAUGCACCUUCAAUGUGUAUAAGAGCCAAACGAAUUAUGCACAAUAUGUGGCCGCCUGAAAUAAGACACCGGUUAUUAGCUACAGCAGACCCGAAAAAGCCAGAUAAGCAGAUCGUUACUGAAGCAGAAAAAACAAAAAUAAUUGAAGUGACUUUGGCUUUACAACAAUUUAAACGAAUACCUAUUUACAGUGAAAAAGACCGAAUCAUCAAUAAUAUAGGCGAAUGGGUGUGCCAAUGGCUUAAAAGUAAAUGACAAGCUGAUAAAAUUAGAGAUCCUACUCCUACUCCUUAAACAAUUUUAAAACGUUCAAAAAAAUAUAUUAUUUACUUUUACUAAAAUAAAUUAUACUUCGGACAUUCUACCUUAAGUUUAAUUAUAUCCUGGCGGUUUAGAAUCACGGUGGAAACUCAAUGGGUUUGUUCCAUUUUACCACUGUGAUGACGCGGUGUAUCCACCGUGAUUCAAAUCUGCGAGGGUAUCUAGUUUGACAGUUAAUAUUUGUGUUGGAAUUAGUAGAAAACAAUGAAUAUGGCCACUACGCAAUAAUGAUAUAGAAUUAUGGAAUGUUCCACUUUUUUCAAUAUAGUCUAUGAUGUUGAUUUUAUUUAAUCCAAAAAAAAAGUUGAAGAUAAAAAUCAAUCUAAAUGCAAUGACAAACUAGUUAUAAAUAAGUUGUUACGUAGGUUAAGUUGUUGCAAUGUGGUGUGAUAAUUUAUCACUGAUGGAACUUCAACAUGAUACUAGUGACAAAUUAUAAGACGUAAAGGCCGGAACAUU